AACAACGGCUCUCACAUCUCUCUCUCUCGAUUCCCCAAUUCUGGUCAAAGCUUCUCAGUCAAACCUGACCAAAUCGAAUCCCCACCACCACCACCUCGCCACUGAUUUCGGUUUCGAAUUGCCGGCCGCCGGCCGCCAUGAGCGGCGACGUGUCGAGGUGCGCGAGGCACCCGGCGCAGCCCCCCUUCACGGGCUUCUGCUCCGCCUGCCUCCUCGAGCGGCUCUCCGUCGCGGCACUCCCGGCGGCGACGCCUCCCGCUCUCCCUUCACCUCCUCCUCCUCCGCCCCCGCCGCUGGAGGGGAGGACCACGCUGCUCCGCCUCUUCCAGCUGCACGACCAGCAGGACCGCCCUCCGUCCCAGCAGCAGCAGGAGGCGCCGCCGCAGCUGCAGCGGAAGCGCUCCCUCCGCCAGUCGUGCGAGUGGAUGGUCUGCUGCGAGCACGGCACCGGCGCCGACUCCUCCUGGCUCCCCUCCCGCCAGUCCUGGGACGCCAACGACCCAGCCUCUGCCUCCACAUCCGCCGCAGCCGCGCCCAGCACGAGCACCGCUGCCUCAGCUUCCCACCUCGUCCUCCACUCCAACUCCAAGGACAUGCCGUGGUGGGAGCGCACCCGCAGGGCCGCCCACCCGAUCAGGGGCCUCCUCCGCAGGUCGCUGUCCUCACACUCAUGGAGGGACACGGACGCGCCGGCGAGGUCCCGGAUGCAGGGUGUAGCGGCCAGGAUCAACGGCGGCGGCAGCCACUCCGUUUCGUCCUCCGCCGGCGGGGUCGACUCUGAGGUGUCGCCCGCGGACUCGCUCCACGCCCAGCACCUACAUAGCGGCGCUCGCCAUGGCAGCGGCUCCCUGGCCAGGCGGUUCUACUGGCUGGGACGCAGCCGCAGCGUCCACUACAGCGAGGAGGAGGAGCCGAGGAGGAGCCCCGGCACCGGGAUGCUGCGCUUCAAGAGCCAUGGGAGGCGCCUCAACCUCUUUGCUACGCAGAGACAUCACCAACAAUGAUAGCUACCUAAUCUCUCUUGCUUCGUGUUGAUAAUUCGUCUCACUCUUUCUACUCCUAUGUUGUAUGUUAUACAAGAAUAAAUCAACUGCUCAACUCAGAUAACAAAAAAGAACCUGAUGAUAGCUAGCUGACCAUGUUUGUUAGCUUUUCAAAGUGAUGACUGAAGGAAUGGUGGACACACUAUGCUGUUUCGCCGUGGUUGGAAAAUUAUCCUUGAAUGGAUUCCUCUUGUCUAUAACUGAUAAA